UUAUUUAUAAUUAACUGGCCGCUACGCAAUAUUAUAAUAACUUUCCAUAACCCGCUAGUAAAAUAGCACGUAGUCAGCGCUCUGACUGCUAGAGCAGUGCUCAAGACCAAAGAUGCUGUGCUCUUGGGCCGCGCUCCGUGGCCUUCAGCGAUUUUCCUGGAGAAGUGUGGCCACCUCCAGCUGUGUACAGGCAGCCCAUGGGAAAGAUGUCACCACCCCUGUCCUUGACUGUACCCAGCCUCAGUACAACAACCGCCUUGACACUCCCUUGCCGGAUGUCCCCUUCGUCCGGACGCUCAACGUGGAGCAGAAGAAACUCAAGGAGAAAGAGAAGGGGCCGUGGACCCAACUCACCAAAGAAGAGAAGCUUGCAUUGUAUCGGCUGACCCACGAGCUGACCUUUGCCGAGAUGAAGAGGAGCUCGAAUGAGUGGAAGACGGUGGUUGGUGGAAUUUUCUUCUUCGUUGGAAUAACCGGGAUCAUUAUCUGGUGGCAACGUCAUCAUGUGUUUGGCGAUGCCCCGCAUACUCUGUCAGAAGAAUGGAUGGCCAUGCAGUCCAAACGAAUGAUUGACAUGAGAGUGAAUCCGGUCUCUGGUUUCUCUUCUCACUGGGAUUAUGAGAAAAAACAAUGGAAAUAAUAAGCAUCCCAGGCCCAGCUUUAUUCAGUUUAUUUAGUAAAACGAAGAGAUACAAGAUGGAAACAAACCUGUGGAAUAUCGACAAAGCACUGCAAGUCUAUCAGUUACUGAAGCAUCAGCUAUUCCACUUCUCAAAAUGCCAUUCUUCAUCUGAAUUCUACGCUUUAAAUACUUACAGUUCACCACAUUCAGAUUAAACAGUAAAAAUAAAAAAUAUAUAUAUAUAACACUUACUCAAAUGCUAUGAAGUGCUGUUUGGGUCUUUAUUAUAAUCCCUGGAAACAGAAUUCAGUCCACCCCAAGGUGUGAUCAAAUAUUUACAAAUCUUGUUUUAACAAACACAAACAGGAUCUUUACAGGAAAUACAUCUC